AUGAAGAAAUUUGCCAGCCUCAUUGUAGCAUUUGGUCUCAUUCCUCUGGUCUGCAGCGAAAGAGUCAUACUCAACUUUGAAGAUGUAGAUGUCUCCAAUGAUGAUAACUGCGGAAGCAUUGCCUUCGAAUCCAGGAAUAAAACAUAUGCGGGCAUGCGAAUCACCGGUGCAUCUGUGGUCAGUUCUGUUGAGACGACAGCCUGCAAUAACCCAAUUGCCAAUGUCACAUUAUCCAACAAACUGGAGAAUAAUGUCCUCUGGGGAAAAGAAUACAUCAAGCUUGAUUACGGCGCUUUCGGCAGCAAGGAUUUCAUCACCGGUCACUUGUCAUUUGACCUGGCAGUUGACUACUCGCUGUUAGCUGAUGGAGAGCUCAAUGACGACGAAACAAAGAUCGCCGUGGAACUGCAGUCUCUGAACGGAAUAAUUGUAACACAGGCCGCAUCAUUUGAUAUCUUCAUGACGAAAAAUGGUACCGGUCCAUUCUCGGUUCCCUGGAACCCGAAUGAAGACGGAAGUCACACCGCAUUUACUAUCGUCGUGAGCCUCUGGUCCACCUCGAUCACCAUUGAUUACCCAAUGGUAGCUCUCGACAACAUCGCCUUUGACCACGCCAAAGUGGACGGAGACGACCAAACAACCAGCACUAUACCAGCUACGACUGCCAGAGGUAAUGUGACAUCUGAUUCAGGCCCCAGCCAGACACUCUCUCCUACUAUAACUUCGGCUCCCUUUGGAUCGAACAUCACUAGCGGCACAUCCAUCAUCCACUCACCCACUCUGACAGCCGAGGCACCGACGUCGACUUCUACAGGCCUUGCGCCGAUUUGUAGCCCUACGCUAUUUGGCGUUGUCGCUGCAUUGGCUGCUGGCGUAGCUUUUCUAUAA